AUGAGGCUGAGCGCUGAGACGAGCGGCCGGACGCGGUGGCGGCAGGUACUGUUACCGUUCCUGCUGUCUUUAUUCCGCGGGGCUCUCCCAGACCAAAUUCGCUACUCAAUUCCCGAGGAACUGGCCAAAAACUCGGUUGUAGGAAAUCUUGCUAAAGAUGUAGGGCUCAGUGUCCCAGACUUGUCGGCCCGGAAGCUGCGGAUUAGCGCGGAGAAGGAAUAUUUCGUUGUAAAACCUGAAAGCGGUGAAUUACUUGUGAGUAACAGAAUAGACCGAGAAGAGAUUUGUGGGAAGAAGGCUUUGUGCGUUCUGGAUUUCGAUACUGUCGCCGAAAACCCACUGAAUAUUUUCCAUGUAACAGUAAUAGUAGAGGAUAUAAAUGACAAUACUCCGCUAUUCAAACAGAGUAAGAUUGAUUUAAAAAUUGGAGAAUCCACUAAGCCAGGUAAAACAUUUCCACUAGACCCGGCACUAGAUUCAGAUGCUGGUCCUAAUUCACUGCAAAGAUAUUACCUUAAUGACAAUGAGUACUUUGAUCUCACAGAGAAACAGACUCCAGACGGAGGUAAAUAUCCUGAGCUGAUUCUGAAACAUUCUCUGGACAGAGAAGAACAGAAUUUUCAUCAACUGCUACUGACAGCUGUAGACGGUGGGGACCCACCCCAGAGUGGCACCACCCAGAUCCAAAUCCAAGUCACAGAUGCCAAUGAUAACCCCCCGGUGUUCAGCCAGGACGUGUACAGAGUCAGCCUGCAAGAGGGUGUGCCACCUGGCUUCUUAGUACUUCGAGUGACAGCCACCGAUCAGGAUGAAGGAGUCAACGCGGAGAUCACCUACUCCUUUCAUAACGUGGAUGAACAAGUGAAACAGUUUUUUAACUUAAAUCAAAGAACAGGAGAAAUCACGUCAAACGAUGAUUUUGAUUUUGAAAUUGCUAAUAGUUACACUCUCCGUAUAGAAGCAAAAGAUCCUGGAGAUCUAGCAGCCCACUGCAGUGUCCAAGUCGAAAUACUUGAUGAGAAUGAUUGUGCACCUGAAGUGAUUGUGACUUCAGUAUUUACUCCCCUACCAGAGGAUUCACCACCAGGAACACUGAUCGCCUUGAUAAAAACUAAGGAUAGAGACUCUGGAGAAAAUGGGGAAGUUGACUGCCAAAUUUUGGGAAAGGCCGAGUUUAUAUUGAAAUCUUACUUGAAGAACUAUUACAAGCUAACGACUGACAGGACCUUGGACCAAGAGGAGAUCUCAGAAUACAAUAUCACAGUAAUGGCCACCGACAGAGGCAAGCCGCCCCUCUCCUCUAGUAUAACCAUCACCCUGCACAUCGCAGAUGUCAACGACAACGCUCCGGUUUUCCACCAGGCCUCCUACGUGGUCCACGUGCCAGAAAACAACCCACCUGGAGCUUCCAUCGCGCAUGUUAGCGCCUCCGACCCUGACCUAGGGCCCAACGGCCACGUCUCCUACUCCAUCGUGGCCAGCGACCUGGAGCCACGCGCGCUGUCGUCCUACGUGUCCGUGAACCCGCAGAGCGGCGUGGUGUUCGCGCAGCGCGCCUUCGACCACGAGCAGCUGCGCGCCUUCGAGCUGACGCUGCAGGCCCGCGACCACGGCUCGCCCGCGCUCAGCUCCAACGUGAGCCUGCGCGUGCUGGUGGGCGACCGCAACGACAACGCACCCAGAGUGCUGUACCCGGCGCUGGGGCCCGACGGCUCGGCGCUCUUCGACACGGUGCCGCGCGCCGCGCAGCCCGGCUACCUGGUCACCAAGGUGGUGGCAGUGGACGCAGACUCUGGACACAACGCCUGGCUGUCCUACCACGUGCUGCAGGCCAGCGAGCCCGGACUGUUCAGCGUGGGGCUGCGCACGGGCGAGGUGCGCACGGCGAGGGCCUUGGGCGACAGGGACGCGGCCCGCCAGCGCCUGCUGGUCGCUGUGCGUGAUGGGGGACAGCCGCCCCUCUCGGCCACCGCCACGCUGCUCCUGGUUUUCGCCGACAGCCUGCAGGAGGCGCUGCCGGACCUCAGUGACCGGCCCGUGCCGUCUGACCCCCAGGCCGAGCUGCAGUUUUACCUGGUGGUGGCCUUGGCCUUGAUCUCGGUGCUCUUCCUCCUGGCUGUGAUUCUGGCGGUCGCCCUGCACCUGCGACGCUCCUCCAGCCCUGCUGCUUGGGGCUGCUUUAAGCCUGGUCUCUGUGUCAAGUCUGCACCUGGGGUUCUCCCCAACUACAGUGAGGGAACGUUGCCCUAUUCCUACAAUCUGUGCGUUGCCUCUCAAUCAGCUAAGACGGAAUUUAAUUUUCUCAAUAUCACCCCAGAAGUAGUUCCCCCUCAGGAUCUCCUCUGCGAAGAUACCUCUUGGGUACCAAGUACUAAUCAUGGAGAUGCUGGAGUCCCAUUUGCCUCGGAUACUAUUUUAAAGGUGAGUUUUAAUUCAGUUCACUUAUUUUGCGGUUUCAAUGUUUCUUAA